AUGGCAAUCGAGAUUGCUUCUUCACCAUCACCACCCUAUCAAAACCCUAACUGCAACCUUAAACCCUCAAUUUCAAAGAUCAACCAUGCCAUAGUUGAAUUCGGCAUGCGAAUCAAGAAGAUCGCAGAAGAUGAUCCGAGAAGGGUGGCACACUCGUUCAAAGUGGCAUUAGCCAUCACAUUGGUCUCCAUGGUUUACUAUCUUCAGCCCUUCUAUAACGGCAUGGGUGAUGCCGGAAUGUGGGCUAUCUUGACCGUCGUUGUAGUUUUUGAGUACACAGUCGGUGCAACCUUAAGCAAAGGCAUGAAUAGAGGGUUUGCGACUUUACUAGCCGGUGCAUUAGGUCUCGGGGCUGAAUCCUUUGCCAGCCUAUUCGGGUCGACUGUUAAACCAGUUCUUCUCGGUUGCUUUGUCUUCCUGUUAGUUGCUGCUGCCACCUUCUCCAGAUUCUUUCCCAACAUUAAGAAGAGGUACGAUUACGGGGUUCUGAUAUUUAUAUUGACGUUUAGCUUGGUAUCUGUAUCGGGUUAUCGAGUCGAAAAAAUCAUCGAGCUGGCGCACCAACGGUUGUCCACCAUUAUUUUCGGUGGUGCAACCUGUAUAAUCAUAUCCAUAUGUGUUUGCCCAGUGUGGGCUGGUGAAGAUCUUCAUAAACUCAUCGUCCUUAACUUGGAAAAGCUUGCAACCUUCCUAGAAGGAUUUGGAAGUGAAUACUACAGAAUUUCUGAGGGUGACAAAUCAUUUCUUGCAGCUUAUAAAAGUGUCCUUAAUUCUAAAGCCACUGAAGAAUCCUUGGCAAAUUUUGCAUGGUGGGAAGUAGCGCAUGGAAAAUUUCGAUUCCGUCAUCCAUGGAAACAGUACUUGAAGAUUGGGGUUCUUACACGUCAAUGUGCAUACCAUAUCGAAGCUCUUAAUGGAUAUCUCGAUGAAAAAAUUGAAACCCCUUCAGAGUUUCAGAAAACAAUUCAAGAACCAUGUAUGAAAAUGAGCUCAGAAGUAGGAAAAGCUUUGAGAGAGUUAGGGUUGUCUAUGAAACUUAUGAUGUGUUCUUCAACUUCAGCCAUUCAUAUGGAAAACUGCAGAAAAGCAAUAGAUGAACUCAAUACCACAUUACAGGCUUCAACAGUGGAGAAGUGGGAUAUCGUAGAGACCAUACCGGUUAUCGCAACAACUUCGAUACUGGUCGACAUCAUAAAAUGUGUUGAAACAAUAUCUGAGGCCAUCGAAGAACUUUCUAAACAAGCCCACUUCCAAAAGCCCAAGGACAUAACGUCAGAUAUAAAUGACAAACCGCACUUUAUACAACAUGGUGGAGUUGUAAAACCUGUUGAUGAUGGAAACAAGAAAGAGUGGGUCACGAUCAAUGUUGAUAGUACAGCUACAAUCUUAUUAGAGGAUGAAAACCCACAAGAAUCUAAGCCGGUUAAAAGCAAAAAAGUCAUGAAUAAUUAA